AGGUUCGAAACCUGCAUGGGCCAUCUGUUUUUUUUUAAACCUUUUUAUUUCAUUUCCUUUUCUCCUUAAUAUUACGGUUUUCUAUUUCUUUUUCCUCCACUGAGAUUUAUCGAAGGGUCCGUCAGUUGUUCAGAUUCGCGAUCGUCUUCUUCAAUCUCUUGGCAAUUCGAUUCGAAAAUGGUUUGCUUGGCGUGCCUGUUGCCUCUGUUUCUUAUUCCAGUCGUCAACGCCCUUCCUGUUCUAUUCUAUUUAAUUAUGGGCAAAAUUUAUGGACUUUUUGGCUGGGAAUAUAGAAAACCGCAGGUGGUACCGCCGGCUUGUCCCUAUCGCCCUGCUGCCAAACAAAAUAGCAAUGUGGAGUUGGAACCUCUAGCUGGUCAGCAACACCCACCUCCAAAACCGGUAGAUGCCAUGGAUGAUAAGCAAGACUGAGUCUGAAACUUUCUCUUGUACAUACCUGUCAGCAAGAUGGACAAAUAUUUGGGACUCUGGACUGGAAUCUGUGGAAGCCGUUGAUUUUAGGAAACUAUGAUUCCAAUCGGUCAGAAAAAAGAAAAAAAAAAAAAAAAACUUCAAACUUCAAACACUAAUACCAUCAAUACAGUUCAUUUUGUCAGUGCCUGCUUUCUGAAUAACACCAAUACAGACAUUGUAUGUAUACUUUCUGAAUAAUUUAGUUGGAUGGCUUGAAUA